AUGUCUGAAACUCAAAAUUCUUAUAAUGAUUUUGAUAAAUAUAUAAAUUACAUAAUGUCAUUAUAUUCUGAAGAUAAUUAUAGCUUUGCUUCUUUAUCUAUUAAGUGUGGUACUAAUACCUUGCUUGUAUCUGAAAAUAAUUAUAAAGGUGCGAUAAUUUUGAAGAUGAUACCCUUGUCUAUAUUUGAAACUAAUUAUAAAGGUAUAAGCAAAUAUGACGAUUUUGAAAAUAAGUUUAUAACUAAAAAUAUUAAAAAUAAUAUAUUUGAAGAUAGUAAUUCGGAGGAUAAUAUCUUACCUAAAUUUAAAAAUAUAUAUGAAGAUAUAAAUAAAGAUAUUAUAUUUGAAAGUAGUAAUAUUAAAAAUGAGAAUGUGACUAGAAUGUUUUUGAAAGGCAUAGACAAUAGACUUUCCAGAAUUUUUUGGAUGUUUUCUGAACAGAAAAGUUUGUGGGCCUGGUUCUAUGAUGUUAUUAUUAACGGCAAUAUCUGCAAAACAAACAAAUAUUUGAUGCCUUUGAGUGUUUUUGUUAUAAUUAAUUCAAAUCAACAGAGCCACAUUAUAGCUAUAGCUGUAGUUUCCGACGAAACUAUAUCAACCUAUGAAUGGAUAUUGAAACAAACAAAAUUAGCAACUGGCAAUAUUCAACCAAAAGCAAUUUUUACUGAUGCAGAUUUUGUAAUACAAGUAGCUAUAUUUACUCAAUAUCCUGAUACUAUAGUUUGGCACUCAAAUACCUAUUUAACACAACAUGUUAAAAGUAUGAAUUGGGUUAUUAAAUUAGAGGCAAAUUCUGAAAAUUCAUUAUAUCAGCUACAAGCUAGAAUUAAAUUGCGGUUAAAAGAUGAAGCAAA